AUGAUGUCCUGGAAAGAGGACUGUAUGAGUCCACCUUCAUGCUUCAUCCAGCACCUGGACCACCUUGUGUUGACUGUGAGGAGCAUUGAGGACACUGUGGCCUUUUAUUCCAAAGUCCUGGGCAUGGAAGUGGUGACUUUCAAGGGAAAUCGCAAAGCUUUACAUUUUGGCAACCAGAAGUUUAACCUGCAUGAGGCUGGGAAGGAGUUUGAACCCAAGGCUCGGUGCCCAGUCCCCGGCUCUGCCGAUAUCUGCCUUAUCACACAGGUACCCCUGGACCGGCUGCUGGAUCAUCUGAAGGCCUGUGGGGUGACUAUUGAAGAAGGUCCCGUGGCCAGAACUGGUGCCGUGGGUCCAAUAACAUCCAUCUACUUCCGAGACCCCGAUGGGAACCUGAUCGAGGUUUCCAGGUACUGCACAGAUGCGACGGCAGUCACCGGAGAAGAACCCUAA